AUGUCAGCGAAUCCGGUACCACAAUCAGUAAAUGUCUCACAUGCCUUGCCAGCUACAAUUAUUCAAGAGAUGCGUAAUACGUUAGAUAAUCUAGAAGAAAAGGAUAUUCAGUUAAAUGGAUCGCAAAUAUCUUUAUUAUCAUCAUAUGUGGCACAAUUGAAUCAAGCGUUAAUUACAUUCAAAGAAGAUAAUAAACAUGUACAACCAGGCAAUGAAGGUGUUACAUCUGGUGAUUUAGAUUUAAUUAAUGGAUUAACUACAUUAUAUAAGAACUAUUUGGAUAAAUUUAUUAGUAUAAAGGAAAGAAACAACUUAACAAUAGACACAGUUUCAAGUGAGGCUAAAUCAUUAAAUGUAAAUUUAGAUGAAGGCAUUCGUGCAUUAAAGGAAAAUAAAUCAUCUGUAAUUAAACAAUCUAGUAAAACUAAAGCUACAUCCUCACCAAAGAGAGAAAUAUAUAUUGCUGAUAGUACCAAAAAAAAUAAAACUGUGGACAAUACUAUUGCUAAGGAUGAAAAUAUUAAAGAAGAUCAACCAAAUAAGAAGAAGAUUUCAUUCACUAAAUACAAAAAGAAAGAUGAUUCACCUGUAAAUUCAACAGAUGAAACACUAGUUAACGAUAAAAGAUCUAUAUCUAAUGAUGAUGAUGAUGAGAAUAAUAAAUCAAGUUCUAAAAAAUUAAAAUUAGAUCAAAAUUCUACAAAGAUACGAUCGAUCUUAAAGAAUGGUGAAACAAAAGAUGUAACAACGAAGAGUAAGAAAAAGGUUGGAAUUAGUUUCCCAUUAGAAGUUGAUUUAGUUAGGGUGUAUGGUGAUGAUCUUCCUUCUACUGGUUUAAAAGUUACUCCAAAUGAAUUGAAAAAGAUUUUAAGACCAUUUAAAGAGGGUGAACCAAAGGAGAAAGUACUAGUUGAGGGCUUUAAUUCAAAGCCAAAAUUAUUAAAUAUACAAAUAGUUGUAAAAGAUUCAGAUAUAACACAAUUGAGAAAUGGUCCAAUAAAAUUUGAUACUAGAACACCGAUCUUAUAUAGAGAUAAUUUUAAAAAUUUCAGUAAAGAUUUGAAAAAACCAGCAAGAGAACCAAUCCCCGAGAUGGGAUUACAAAAUGAUAAUACAACUCCAUUAGUUGCUCAAGCUUAUGGCCGUAAUAGUUUAUUAUUAAGAAAUGAUAGAGGAGGUAUCCCUUAUAAACGUGUUCCUGGAGUAAGAAGAAAUAAAUAUCCACCAAGAUACCAAUAA